GGGCGGCAUAUAGUUUCCUCCAAGGGGCAGAUCAGCCUUUGUCAGUUGCUGUUUUUCUCAAAACUCCGAUUUCCAACAGAGGACCGAGGGAGCGCACACGGAACUUUGCUUGUAAACAAACAAACAACAAAAGUUUCAAGAUGCCACACAAGAAGAGAAGCCAUGGCCACCACAAACACCCAAAGGAGACAAAGGAGGCACAGGAGGCGAAGGAGCAAAAUGGAGAAGCUGCCUCCCGACUUGAUGUCAAACAUAGUAGCAGGUCGUCGGUCUACUCUCCCACAGUGGGAUACUCCCACGGCAAGUCGCUGCCGAGCCAGGCCACACCCAAACCAGCGGCUCAGGUCUCCACUGUGAAGCCUGCACAGUUCGAGAAAGCAUCAUCAGGAUCCACCAUGGCUACAAAGCCUAGGGUGGUUGCCGCAGCGACAGGCGGAGCCACAAGAAGUGGCGUCACGGCAGCGGGAAGCGCCUCGGUUGGGACGGCUGGAAGAGAGGCACCAAAAGCCAAAGCAGAGACUAACGCCACGCCGGCGGGUGCCGCUGUCAUUGACAUGUCGUCCGCGGGGGCCACUGUUGUUGACAUGACAUCGGCGGGUGCGAGGGGCGGUCCUAGAGCGAUGCCAAAGACGGCACCUGUCUCCCAAAUCAAAGCCACGGCUACAGUUCACUCUCCUGCCGCUGGACCAGCCGCAGCCGGCGGCACGGCAGCGACCAAACCCAAAGACACAGCCAAGGUACAAGUGGAGGUUCCUUCCGCAGCAGUGAAAGGAGCCAAGGAGGCACCUCCGGUGGAUCCAUUCGAUGCCCUGGCCAGCAUACUACCGUCUGCUGAGCCCGUCGCACCCAAACAGCCGGUGUACACCGGGCCGGAGGUCAAAGAGCAUGGCAUCACGUUUGAGGAGGGCGCAAAGUGUGGAGAGAGAGACGACACGUUGCCUCCAGGCUACAGAUUUGAAGAUAUGGGUCCUGUGCCUCCAGAUGUAAAACCCAAGGAUGUUCCUAAACCCCUGAGCACGGACGAGGCCCUGGAUUCCCUGUCAGCUGGAUUCAUGUCUUCCAGCGCACCAGCCGCCCCCAAGAAGCAACAGAAGACGGACAAUGUUGAAAGUGUCAGCGUCUCGACUGCCGGGCGUACCAACUUCGCACCACCUCCUGUAAAGAAAGGACCAGCGGUGCCUCCGGUGGCCGUGUGUCCCGCUCCCCCUGCUGAUAAGAAAGCCAAGAUGGAGAAAGUCUCCGGCGAUUUCUCUCUGGAGGCCGGACUUCCCUCGGCUGCUGCUACGAAAGCAGCUCCUGUCUCUGUGUCCCCUGCUCCUCCUGUUGAUAAGAAAGCCAAGAUGGAGAAAGCCAGUGCUGAUUUCUCUCUGAAGGCUGGACUGGAUGGCAAAGUGGCCACCAAGCCCAAGACGGAUGAGGGCGCCUCUCUGUCUCUGGACGCUCUCAGUGCUCUUGGCGACACGCUGGCCGCGGACGUACCAAAACCCGAGUCCCCCAAACUCAGGCCUGAGGACAUUGUCUCGGAGGACAAACUGAAGAAGGAGAAGGGUGUGCGUGUAGGAGAGAGGGAGGACUCACUUCCUCCAGAGUACAGGUUCAACAAGGAGAAACUCCCAAAACUGCCUGCUCCUAAACCCGAGCCGACCAUGGGCACAGGCGACGCUCUGGACAUUUUGUCCGGAGACUUCAUGACCUCCUCAGCGGCUCCUGCAGUCCAGGCUCCUGUUGUCUGUUGUCCUCCUGCGCAGCCGACCAUGGGCACAGGCGACGCUCUGGACAUUUUGUCCGGAGACUUCAUGACCUCCUCGGUGGCUCCUGCAGUCCAGGCUCCGGUUGUCGCCCCCUCAGCUCCCCCUGCAAAGAAAGCCCCUGCCGUUUCUCCGGUGGCCGUGUGUCCCGCUCCUCCUGCUGAUAAGAAAGCCAAGAUGGAGAAGGUCUCCGGUGAUUUCUCUCUGGAGGCCGGACUCACAGCUUCUACUGCCAAGAGAGUUGAAUCUUCUGCUGUCCGUCCUGCUGAUAAGGACCCCAAAGCCUAUGCUAGAAUGAACACCACUGAUGCUAAGCCCAAGACCGAUCAGGGCGACUCGAUGUCUCUGGACGCUCUCAGCGCUCUUGGCGACUCGUUGGCUGCAGACACACCAAAACCCGAAUCCCCCAAACUCAGGCCCCAGGACAUCGUCUCGGAGGACAAACUGAAGAAGGAGAAGGGUGUGCGUGUAGGAGAGAGGGAGGACUCACUUCCUCCAGAGUACAGGUUCAACAAGGAGAAACUCCCAAAACUGCCUGCUCCUAAACCCGAGCCGACCAUGGGCACAGGCGACGCUCUGGACAUUUUGUCCGGAGACUUCAUGACCUCCUCGGCGGCUCCUGCAGUCCAGGCUCCUGUUGUCUGUUGUCCUCCAGCGCAGAGCAAAGUAGAGGAUUUGUCAGCCCUGGAUGUUCUCUCCGGAGACUUUGUGACCUCGGCUAAAGCCUCUGGACUUCAGGCACCCGUCCCUCCUCCUACCAGGAAGGCACCAGAGAUAGCAAUUUGUCAUUUGGGGCAACCCCUCUCAUCCCAUUUCGUACCCGCACAACCAAAACCGUUAGAACCCAAGACUGACAAGGACGACUCUCUGUCUCUGGACGCUCUCAGCGCUCUUGGCGACACGUUGGCUGCGAACGUCCCGAAACCCGAGUCCCCCAAACUCAGGCCUGAGGACAUCGUCUCGGAGGACAAACUGAAGAAGGAGAAGGGUGUGCGUGUAGGAGAGAGGGAGGACUCACUUCCUCCAGAGUACAGGUUCAACGAGGAGAAACUCCCAAAACUGCCUGCUCCUAAACCCGAGCCCACCAUGGGCACAGGCGACGCUCUGGACAUUUUGUCCGGAGACUUCAUGACCUCCUCAGCGGCUCCUGCAGUCCAGGCUCCUGUUGUCUGUUGUCCUCCUGCGCAGCCCAGCACAGGCGACGCUCUGGACAUUUUGUCCGGAGACUUCAUGACCUCCUCAGUGGCUCCUGCAGUCCAGGCUCCUGUUGUCACCCCCUCAGCUCCCCCUGCAAAGCCCUCCGAAGACUUUGCUCUGGAUGCCUUGGCAGGAGACUUUGUUGGCGCCACUGCUGCUCCGACGGUGAAGUCCGCCGCUUUCGCUCCCACAGAAACCGACCCACAGCUGGCCGCAGGAGCAGACAGCGCCAUGGAUGCUCUGUCAGACACCUUGACGGACAUCACGCCCGUCCCUCAGCCCGCCCCAGUUCCUACCAAAAACAUCGUCAAGGAGAAAAAGAUCGUCGAGGAGAAGCUGAUCAAGAUGGGAGAGAGAGACGACUCGCUGCCGCCGGAAUAUCGACCCACCGAGGAAGAUCUUAAGAAAAUGGCGGAAGCGAAGGCAAAAGCGGCUGCUGCACCCAAGGAGAAGACCAUGGGGGAUGAUAAAGCCUUGGACCUGCUGUCCAGUGAUUUCUCUGCUGAUCCGAAACCCUUUGCACCACUCAAAUCAUGUGCAGCGACAAAGCUGGAGCCGCCGGUGCUGGACUCAGAGCCUCUGAAGCCAAUGGCUGGUGCUGUUCUGGACAACCUGUCCAGCACCCUGCUCCCAGACGCCCCAGAGUUCAAGCCUAAAACAGACAAACCAAAGGGCAAGAGCAAGUCAAAGUCAAAGUCAAAAAAACACCAUGCAGAGGAGCCAUCUGCCACUGACCUGCUCUCAGCUCAGCUAAGCUCAGACGUCGUGCCAACAUCUACGAAGAAGGGAAGCAAGAGCUAGACCACCUGGUCAGGUGUUCGGUGCAAUUUCUCCUCAAGGCGGCGGGGACGCAUCAGUGUGGGAGCUGCUCUCUGGAUGAUUAUUCUAUUUUUCUAAAUCUUAAAGAAUGUAAAUUGGAUGAAAGACAAACCUAGACAUGCCCAUAACACACACACACACACACACACACACACACACACACACACACACACACACAUAUACACACACACACACACACAUAUACACACACACACACCUGCGUGUAGCGCCUUUCUUGUUUGAUUGCACGUGCAUUCUUGGAUGAGGAGCUUUUGGUUUAUGUCUCUGGAGAAAGUGAAAAGAAGACUUGAGACGAGAUGGGUGACAAGAAAGAGUGAUGAACAGACAAAGAAAGAAGGGAGACUGUGGGAAAGGGAGGGGAUGAAGACGUGUUGAAAUUCAUUUUUUUUUUGCUGGUUGCUGUGUUGAGUGUGCCGAUGGAAGGAAGGCGUUGCACGUCAGAGUCCUGCUUGUGCGUCUCAGCUGACAGUUUUCCAUUUUCUUCCAACGACGCUCUAAUAUCAAAACCCGCAGGUUGUCUCAGCCUGGUGGUAUUGUGACGUCGGCGGGAGCGGUGGAGACUGUCAGCUCGCCACGCGAGCAGCACGGAGCGGGUGCAUAGUAUCGGGAUGUUUGUGCAAUCUUGAUGUACACAGUAAAAAAAAGCCAAGUUUUCUAUCACCAUGUAGUCAGACGCCAAUAAGACACUACUGUACAGCUGCGUUUGCUUUUAUUUUGGACAGCGCAUAGUUUACAUGAUUCAAAGUGUGGAGGAUUUCCCAGGAGGUGUUCUGCUUAAUUCUGUAUGUGAGAGCUUCUUGCAAAUGCCUUUUACUUUCUGCAGAGAUGUAGCUUUUUUAUGUGUUUGGCCUUUUAGAAAAGAAGAAACAAAUAAUGGUCUCCAGAAGUGCACUUAGUGAACCAUGGUGGUAAACAAGCUUUGUAAACUUCCUUUUUAUAUACUGUAAAAAAACAAACAUAUUUUUUUGCUCUAUAUAAGACAACACUGUAUAGUUUACAAAGGACUUUCAAAGUAAAGUGUAAAGUCAAAUCACUAUAAUUCCCCCGAGGUUAUUCUUUCUUCCUGUCCUGGGUUUUGUGUGGGUGUGAGGCAACAGAUGCGAGAUAUAUUUUAGAUGUGGGAAUACUAAUGAAAUAAAAUAAAUCUAACAUUUAGAAUGUGUAGUUGUUAUACGUGAGUCUGGUUUCUACAAUUUGCACAAAAUAAGAAACAAAACUUAACAUGCACUGCCUUAAAGAAAGCUACAUACAGCUGGAGAAAUCAACGAACUCAUCAUCAAAUAAAUUUUUUGGUUUCGUUUUUUUUAUUCUGCAUACAGUUGUAGCAGCCCACUUCCUUUUCACUCAGGGGGCUCACAACGAAACAAAUGUCUUUCGCUCAAACUUUAUACUUUUUGUGCCAAGAACCUGAUGAAGAAUGACUGAUGGGAACGCAAAUGAGUGGGAUUUAUGUGUAUAAUAAGACAAAAACAGCAGCCAAUAAAGAAUGCUUGUCUGAGUGGUA